GCCAAGCGUUGUGCGUAAGGUCCCAUUGAGAAGAAGAGCAAAAGAUGGCGAGCUCAAACAAUCCACGUAAAUUUAGCGAGAAAAUCGCUUUACAUAAUCAGAAACAGGCAGAGGAGACUGCGGCUUUCGAAGAGGUGAUGAAAGACCUAAACAUUACUAGAGCUGCACGGUUGCAGUUACAGAAGACCCAGUAUUUGCAACUAGGGCAGAAUCGUGGACAGUGCUAUGGAGGCUCACUGCCCAAUGUCAAUCAGAUUGGAAAUAGCAACAUUGACCUGCCUUUUCAGAAUUCCACCUUGGACAGCAGUCGGUCGACCAGGCAUCACGGGCUGGUGGACCGCGUUUACCGCGAUCGGAACCGCAUCCCCUCCCCGCACCGCCGGCCCCUCUCUGUGGACAAACAUGGCCGCCAGAUUGACAGCUGCCCCUAUGGCUCAGUUUAUCUCUCACCCCCACCGGAUACCAGUUGGAGGAGGACAAACUCCGACUCAGCCCUACACCAGAGCACCACGAACCCUGUGCCCCAGGACUCAUUUGCAGGGGGUUCACAAGAGCUCCAGCCUAAACAAGUGCUGCUGCUUACAGUUCCUGGGACUGAGGAGUCUGAAUCACACGCAGACAAGGAUACACAGUGGGAUAACAAAAAGAAUGACUCAUCAAGACUCAAGUCUUGUGAAGUCCCUGGGAUUAAUAUAUUUCCAUCACCCGAUCAGGAAGUGAACACGUCAUUGAUACCGGCCACGCUGAACACGGGAGGCUCCCUGCCCGAUCUCACCAACAUCCAGUUCCCCCCACCGCUGCCCACUCCGCUGGACCCGGGCGACACUUUGGCAUUUCCUUCCCUUAGCUCCUCCAACAGCACGGGCAACCUGAAUACCAACCUCACCCUCCUAGGCAUCAGUGCUGCCAGCCACGGGAUCCCGAACACAUCUCAGCCUACCAUGACUGUGACGGCCCAGCGCAGGCAGCCCACCCUGGUCCCCCUAACCCUCAACGCCAACCCACAGCAGUCACCGCAGCAGCUCUCCCCCACCCUAUCGCCCCCUCUCAACAUCCAGGCAGUGGCGAUGGAGGCCUUGACUCUGGAGCAGCAGCUAUCCCAGUACGCCUUCUUUAGCCAGCUGACAGCGCAGUCCCAGGCCCAAGUGCUCAAUGACCUGCAGCAGCAGGCCCUGCCCCAGGGCAUCAGGCUGAUCACCCUGCCCCUGGCCACCACCACUGCCCCCACAGCCACCCAGUCCUCCCCAGUCAGCCAGAUUGCGACGACUGCCAGCAUCAACAUCAAUUCGUACCGCAAUCAGACUGGCUCUCCGGCCAAUCAGUCUCCAACCUCCCCAGUCUCCAAUCAAGGCUUCUCCCCUGGCGGCUCGCCUCAACACAUUCCAGUGGUGGGCAGUAUAUUUGGGGAUUCUUUCUAUGACCAGCAGCUAGCAUCAAGGCAGACCAACGCUCUCUCCCACCAGCUCGAGCAGUUCAAUAUGAUUGAGAACCCGAUCAGCUCCAAUAGCCUGUACAACCAGUGCUCCACCCUCAACUACACACAAGCAGCCAUGAUGGGCCUUACAGGGAGCAGCCUGCACCACUCCCAGCCGUUGGGUUACAGUAGCCAUGGCAACAUCCCCAACAUUAUCCUCACAGUGACAGGAGAGUCUCCACCCAGCCUCUCUAAGGAGUUAACCAACUCACUGGCCGGCGUUGGAGAUGUCAGCUUCGAUGCGGACUCUCAGUUCCCAUUGAAUGAGCUGAAGAUCGACCCCCUCACCCUGGACGGACUGCACAUGCUCAAUGACCCCGACAUGGUUCUGGCCGACACUGCCACUGAGGACACGUUCAGGAUGGAUAGGCUGUAAUGCAGAAAACUGUCAGUGGCCAACAAAAAAAGAACCCUGGGAAGAAAGGGAAACCAGGCAUGGUAGGGGUGAAUCAUCUACGCAGUUGCAUGGCCAUUCAGCUAUUCAACCUCGCACUCACCCUCAAGUCCUUUGAAAUUAUGUGCCACCAAAACCCAUUGUGGAGAAGGACAUGCAAUGGCUUGUUAGGGUCAGGAAUGGAAUUGCUGUCAUUUCCAAUGAGAUUGUUGGUUGGUCAAAGCUUUGCUAGCUUGCUGCGUUAACUAUAUAUAAUUACUUACCAUAUAUCCUACAGUGUCACAGUUGAGAACAGAUUGUAUAUCUCCUUUUGAUUUGAUUAUUUUUUAUUUUUUUACAAAUCUACAUUAUUUUGUGUUUAAAAAGCAAAAAGUCACUAGGAAGGUGAGCUGCACCAUACCUAUUUUGACAAUUAUCAUUCCCUACCAACCAUAACAGCUUUAUACUUCACACUCAAAGCUUUAUUUUGAAUGACAACCAAAUGUUAAUGUUUGCGUUAUGCGUGUGUUGGAUUAUGUUCUGUUUAAAUGUAUGUUUAUUUAUUGAAAUAUUUAUUAAUUCAGUUGAAUGUUUUUUUAUGUUGCAUUUCAAAAUGUGUUUGAGUUCGAUGCCAAAAUUGCUCUGCUCUAACUGUAUUGUACAAACUACACUUACGUUUAUGUAUCUAUUUAUACAUUUUUAACCUACAUAUUUAUGUAUUUAUUAAGCUACUCUGUUAAACUUAAGGAGUACAAAUCCUCCCCAUGUUUGCUCAUACGGUUGCCAGUUGCUACGACAUCUCGCUAGAUAGAAUCAGAUAAGGCCUCUUAAAAUAUAGGAUAGGAUCUCCAAUUGUAAGUGUUUUUAUCACUUACAUGGGCCAGAAAUCAUUGGAUUUCAUCUUGUGCCAGCUCUGUUGUUUUUAAGUUUAUCAUAAUUAAUGAAAACGUAUAUAACAGAUGCUUAUAUUUAGCUGCUCAUAAGCUUAACAAAUGUGACAAAGUAAACAUAGCAAAUGCAAAUUCCCAAAACUAGAUGGCCAUAUUUCUCCUUUUCUCAUUGAAAAUGUAUAUCCAGAUUGAAUGCCUCCUGAAAAUCUGAAAGAUACAAACUCCUCAGAAACCUGUUGAACUUGUCACUGUGAGAUCACCUGAUUUUGCCUUACAUAUUGAGUAUUAUACUGUUUUUAAGUGUAACUAAUGUGACAGUGUAUUUUCUUAACUUCUCGUAACAUUUUCUUGUAUUUGAGAGGAUUUUUAACUCCUAGUCAGUGACGAUAUUUGUGGUUAUGUAGUGUAAAGUUUGACAAAUCACUGUACUGUAUUUUGUACUGGUACACGUUAUGGAUGUUUUGUAAAAAAGCAAAUGUUGGGUUUAAAUUUGUGAUGGAGAGUGCAAAUAUGGGGAGGGUUUCUUCUCCUUAAAGGGAAACUUACAAAGGCAAAUAAAAUGAUUUUGGUAGGCAA